UUGUCCGGCCACCCCCACUGCCCAGUCCCGCUCCCGCCCGCGGCGGCCGCAGCAGCCGCAGCAGCAGCGGCUCCAGGAUGCUCUGUUGAAGAUGCACUGGACACCGGAACACGCCCAGCCCCUCAACCAGUGGCCAGAGCAACACCUGGACGUCUCCUCCACCACCCCGUCGCCCGCCCACAAAUUGGAGUUGCCCCCUGGCGGUCGCCAACGCUGCCACUACGCUUGGGCACACGACGACAUAUCCGCCCUCACUGCCUCCAACCUCCUAAAGCGCUAUGCAGAGAAGUACUCGGGGGUCCUGGACUCUCCCUACGAGCGUCCCGCCCUGGGCGGCUACAGCGACGCCGCCUUCCUCAACGGCGCCAAAGGGGAACCCGAGCCCUGGUCAGGGCCGGAGCCACCCUACCCCUUGGCCUCACUCCACGAGGGCCUCCCAGGAACCAAGUCGGGAGGUGGGGGCGGUUCCGGGGCCCUGGGGAGCUCCCCAGUUUUAGCCGGGAACCUCCCUGAACCCCUCUACCCCGGCAAUGCGUGCGGGGGCCCGUCGGCGGCGCCCGAGUACGCGCCGGGCUACGGCGGGGGGUACCUGGCGCCGGGCUACUGCGCCCAGACCGGCGCCGCGCUGCCCGCGCCGCCCCCUGCCGCGCUCCUGCAGCCCCCGCCGCCGCCCGGGUACGGGCCCUCAGCGCCGCUGUACAACUACCCCGCUGGGGGCUAUGCGGUGCAGCCCGGCUACGGCGCGCUCCCGCCGCCCCCGGGGCCGCCCCCGGCCCCCUACCUGACCCCAGGCCUGCCCGCGCCCACGCCCCUGCCCGCACCCGCGCCGCCCGCCGCCUAUGGCUUCCCCACGGCCGCGUCGGGCGCCGAGGCCGGACUGUCGCUGAAGCGCAAGGCCGCGGACGAGGGCUCCGAGGGCCGCUACCGCAAGUACGUGUACGAGCCAGCCAAGGCCCCGGCGGCCGACGGCGCCUCCUACUCAGCCGCCGACAACGGCGAGUGUCGAGGCAACGGGUUCCGGGCCAAGCCGCCGGGAGCCGCGGAGGAGGCGUCGGGCAAGUACGGUGGCGGCGUCCCCCUCAAGGUCCUGGGCUCCGCCGUGUACGGCCCGCAACUCGAAUCCUUUGAAAAGUUCCCGGAGCGGGCCCCGGCUCCCCGUGGGGGCUUUGCCGUGCCGUCGGGGGAGCCUCCCAAAGGCGUGGACCCUGGGGCCCUGGAGCUGGUGACGAGCAAGAUGGUGGACUGCGGGCCCCCAGUGCAGUGGGCGGAUGUGGCGGGCCAGAGCGCGCUCAAGGCGGCGCUGGAGGAGGAGCUGGUGUGGCCCCUGCUCAGGCCGCCCGCCUACCCGGGCAGCCUGCGCCCGCCGCGGACGGUCCUGCUCUUUGGGCCGCGGGGCGCGGGCAAAGCGCUGCUGGGCCGCUGCCUCGCCACGCAACUGGGCGCCACGCUGCUGCGCCUGCGCGGUGCGACCCUGGCUGCGCCCGGCUCUGCAGAGGGCGCGCGCCUCCUCCAGGCCGCCUUUGCGGCCGCACGCUGCCGCCCGCCCUCAGUGCUCCUUAUCAGCGAGCUAGACGCGCUGCUCCCCUCCCGGGACAACGGCGCGGCGGCAGGGGGCGCGCUGCAGGUGCCGCUCCUGGCCUGCCUGGAUGGCGGCUGCGGCGCGGGGGCUGAAGGCGUGCUGGUCGUAGGCACCACCUGGCGGCCCGCGGCUCUGGACGAGGCGACCCGCCGGCGCUUCGCUCUCCGCUUCUACGUGGCGCUGCCCGACAGCCCUGCCCGCGGGCAGAUCCUGCAGCGGGCGCUGGCCCAGCAGGGCUGCGCGCUCAGUGAGCGGGAGCUGGCAGCGCUGGUGCAGGGCACGCAGGGCUUCUCUGGUGGCGAGCUGGAGCAGCUGUGCCAGCAGGCCGCGGCCGGGGCGGGCGUCCCGGGGCUGCAGCGCCCCCUCUCCUACAAGGACCUGGAGGCGGCGCUGUCCAAGGUGGGCCCUAGGACCUCCGCCAAGGAACUGGACACGUUCGUGGAAUGGGACAAAAUGUAUGGCUCCGGACACUGACGUCGCGCGGGAAGGCCGCGGGAGCCGCUGCUCCUCCGUCCCCGCCGCCUCGGCGUGGGAGGGUUGUCACUGACUAAACCUGGCUGGCAGGGGCCGGAAUGGUGAAUGUGGGGUGGGGGACAGGAGGGCUCUGUCGGUGGAUUUUUUUUUUUUUUUUUUUUUUGUGGGAAGGAAAUGCUUCUGCCAGGCAGAUAGAUGCCAUAUGCGCCGUGUACUCAGGUUUUUCCUAUUUAUUGUGGACUGGAAGCUCGCCAUCUCCGCCCGCAGACCGGGCAGAUCCGGCAUGGGCUGGUACCCGGGGCCUUAGGAACUCCUGCUCUCUUGCCACAACGCUUUUGUCUCCUCGCUAUCUGAAUGGCACCCUCCUUCUCCCUCAUUCUCUCCACCCCUUUCUCUGCAUUCUCUUGGUUUUCUCUCCUUUGCUUUGUCACUUACACCCCUGCCCCCCAUGCUGGCCCUGUUUCUCUCCUGCCCCUCCCUCCCUCUCUCCCUCCCUCCCCAGCUCUCCAUCCCUCACCUUCUGUACUUCAUUCUCCAUCCCUGGCUCUCCAGCAUCCCUGGGCCUCUUGGUCCCUGAGCUUUAAUGCCUCUUUCUGCCUUCUGUUCUCAUUUGGACUCCAGUGGCCCUUUGCAGGAGCUCUGGAGGCCCAGGGGCUGAGGAGGAGGGGAGGAGGGUUACCUCUUACCCAUCUGAAACCUAGGGUCUAGGGAUCAAGGAAAAAAUUCCCCAAAGAAGGGAAGUUUUUUGUUUUUGAGGGGAGAUCCCAGAAAUGUAGCUUGUUUCAUAUUUUAGGCUUUUUAUUUUUGUAAGAUGUGUAGAAUUUGCUGUUUUUAUUUUGACAACUCAGGAAGAAACUGACCUCAGAAAGAAUGUUAGACUUUGGCUGCUCUCCUCUGUGCCCUCUACUCCUGCCCUCGCCCCCGCCACUCCAUUCAGGGGAGCAAAUUCUCCCAGACACUCAAAAAAAUGGGACUUAUGGGGAAGGGGAGAGGAAGACCAGAGGCCUCAGUGAAACCCUAGCUAUUCCUGGGCAGAAGCAGAAUGUAUUCCUAAGGGCUUCCUUCCCAGGGCCAAGGCCUAGGCAUGAGUGUGGGGAGUGGGCUGUGGGGUUUGAGAGAGGGGAGGCCUUAUUUCCCUCCUGCUGCUCCCCGCCCCCUCCCCCACUCCCACCCCUCCGCUGAGUGUUUUCUGUGAAGGGCUAUCCAGAGUUAGGAUGCCUUUGCCCAGGUACUUCCUGAGACCCAGAAAGUAGGCUGGGAGGGCCCAAAUGUGAGGGUGACCUAAGCAGAAAGUCUCCAGAGAGGUCACAUCACCUGGCCCCGCCUUGGCAGAGGUCCCCAAUGACUUAUGCUAGGAGAAUUCCAUCUGGGAAAACAGUCUGGCCACAAAAUCAGCUACUGGACCUCAGCCGCCUCUGCGGGAGGCUCUGAGGAGGGAUGAGCAUCCCUUACUGAGGGGGCUCUGUGAGGAAACAUGCCUCCCUCAUUCCCCUGGAGUCCUAGGUCUGGACCUCCAGAGCUGGGAGAGGGGAGGGAGAUGGACAGGGCAUUUCCUUUGAUCUGGGGGGUUUAGUCUCAGUCCUGCCUGAACUUUCCACCAGGCUUGGAGCCCUUCUCUCUGAGAACCACAUUCCUCUCCUUCCCACCAAUUUUCCCUUAGAGAGGCUUUAGCAGUUUGCUCCCCAGCCCACCCCAGCCCAUUUCACAACUCUGAUCUUUGGUCCAAAGUGGGGGACACGCCCUCCCCACCUCUUUUUCUCUCUCCCACCUCAGCCUCCCUUCCAGUUCCCUGCCCGCCCGUACAUUUCCUACAGAGGCUACUGCCUCCCCUCCUGGCUGGGAGGGUGUCUGUGGGUGACGUUUCAGGGACCCUGGCACCCAGGGCCUGUGCUGGCUCUGUUUUCCCUGCUUCCCUUCCCCCUCUCUUUGGAGCCAGCCAGCUGCAGGGCGUGCCUCAGAAGCAGUGGGCUGCAGGAUCACAGCUGCAGGCUGCAAAAGACCCUCGGAGGGAGCAUGGAGUGAGGGGUUCUCUCUCAGGUGUGUAUGUUUGGGGGGGUGGGGGGUGGAGGGUGUCAGGGAAGUUGGGGAGGGGAUCCCAGCCUUCCCUUCAAGAGGCAGGCAGCUCUGGGAGGUGGAGUCCCCACUGCUUCCUCUACUAGGCUCCUCCUGUUCCCCAGGCUUGGGGAUCUUUGCACAAGGACACCCCCCCAGCCUAGUGGUACCUACCUCAUGGGCACUGGGGCAGGUAGGGGAAGGGCUGGUCCAGUUCUGGCAAUGUUGGGGGGGCAUACCAAAGAAUCCAGGGGCAGGAAGUGGGGAGGGCAACUUCCAAGCUGGCCCCUCCCCCUUCUUCUACCCAGACUGGGGCUGGGAUCCUCUCCUCCCACUGUAACCAUUUCUACCUCAUUUUGCUGCGUGUUGUACAUGGACGUAUUUAUCUCCUGUCUGACGAUGCUCUGCAGUUGUGGUCUGUCUACCUCAGAAGAGACUGUAUUUUAAAAAAAGUAUUACACAGUAUUAAAGCGAUGACAUGUGGUUUGCA